AGGGUACCGGUAAACUUCCGGGCCAAAGCUCCCCUGAUACACAAUGCUUUUUUGAUCUGCUUCCUCCGAGAUCGCCACCGCACAACGAGAGGGUUCCCGAAUGACACAACGGCGCUUUACCGUUCAAAUUUGUUCUAGAAAAUAUUUUGCUCGCAAACUACUAUUGUAGCCUACCGGUAUCGCGGAGAACUGGGAACACGCUGUCCACAAUGUCGGUUCCCCUCACGUCUCGCUCGUCAAAGCCAGUCACCCCACGCUCCUCUCCUUCCAGCAGACAGGCGUACCGGCAGACAUUGCGCAACAAACACCGCUCAGUUUGACAUUGCCGCACAAUCUCGCCGCCUUCACUUUACCAAGCAUGGCUUCGAAUAGUAAGCUUCAGAAGCAAAGCGAUUUGGACUCGCCGCAAGCCGCCAUUGCACGACGAGAACAGGAUUCGGCUGCUGCUGACAGCCCAAAGCUUGACAGCACCGCAGUUACGAAUUGGACCCCAGAGACUGAGCGUGUUAAUCGAGUCGAGAAAAAAGUAUUUAGCCUCGAGGACGGUAAUAUCCGCGGUGGCCAUUGGAUCUUGAACAAGGAGGGCAAAAGUGCAACCAUUGCCUUUCUCUUCAAAAACAGUUCCGGCAGAAUUUACGGCUUGACCGUUGGCCACCUCGAAGAGUUGAACGAGCCUUUGUUCGUCUUUCUGCGCAGCGAACCAACGGUAGGGGUAUCGUACAACAACGACACGGACCUAGAAGAGUACGAAGUGUAUGAGGUUGGCGAGGUCGUGUCGAAGGAUGAGGACACAGACUCUCUGUUGUUCGAGGUGACCCGUGAGGACGUGAAAGAUCGAUUUGACUUGCUGCAACUUGCACCAGAAUCGGGGCUAGGUGAUCGUACCCUGGCAUUGCCAACUCCAACCUUAGGCCCGCUUCCGCCCCAGCAAGGCACCGAAUACUGGAUGUACGGUGCGUUUACCCGCGGUGCUCGACUCAUUGUAUCUUCUCCCACGCAAGAUGAUCCUUCAGAGGGGGAGACAAACUUGUUCCCCAGUGACAUUGGUUUUGGUCAUUGGAAUGAUCCAAAACUUCGGAUUUCGCAAAAUGGUGACUGCGGGGCUCUAUAUUUGGAAUCGCCGUCCGGCCGCCCGCUUGCCGUGCAUCAUGUCAGUGCUCGCUACCAUCGGGAAGAAAGCGAGAAGCCCGAUGCGUUUGAGGGAUUUGGUACACCGGUUUCGCUCAUCAUGGCCAAGCAUCCCGAGCAGUUCGAUAAAGAAAUGUUUGGAGCAAUCCUGCGCGGCAGUUCUGGUGAAAACAAUGCCAAACAGAGCGAAAGUGACACCAGUGUCCAUCAUUCUGGUCAGGUCGCGAAGAAAUUCGAAAGCCGUCAAUUCAAGUAUUUUGAUGUCAAACUUUUCAAGGGAAACAUCAGGGACGCGUCUCGUCGUCCUACUGCGAGUGGACCUCCUACCGCCGCGGAGCGCGAAGCCUCGCUGUCUUCUCGGAAGGACGCCACGAGAACGGAAAGUCGCCAGUUAGCCUACUUCAACGUCUCCGUUUCGAAGGCCAAAUAGACCAAUGACUACAUUACAGGAAGCAGAUGGAGAGUCAGAGUUGUUUAAAGUAAACAAGAGGGUGUUUCUAUCGUUUGUUGGUUUUGCCCUGGGGCUUUUUGUGUUUCCAGUUGGACAAGAGACGGUUCACGUAUCCGGUCUCUUUCUGGUCCGUCUUUUGUUGUUGUUGUGCGGGCAUCUCAUUAUUGUUUUGUCGUUGACGCCGACAUCCCCAUUCAUGUGCCGUCUCGACACCAAAGUCCAUGCGCAGCUCCCGUGGAGCAUGACGGAACAAGUCGGCUUGCACGGCUUGUGUGGCGGACCAACGCUGCGCAGGGUUCACCUGGAGCAGAUUGGUAAUGAGUGGCAGUAAUCGUUCUACAUAGCCCUGUGAUCGGGGCGAGCGCAAGCGUUGCCGCAAGGACAUGUGGUUGUGAACGGCCGGCACCUUUCGUCGGCAUUCCUUUUCCGCACCAGCCCAAGACGCCACGGGCAAAGUCGACAAGAUCAACUGGAGUUGAUGGUCUUCACUGGUACCCCGAAAGAGA